CCGAGGGCUGCAACAAACUCCGGGCCCGGGACUUCGUGGAGGACGCGCGCGUGCGCGCGCGCGCCCGUGCCUGGCCAGGCUGUUAUUGUUGAAGACUCUCUUGACUUGAACUCAGUUCACACCCUGGCACUGACGAUGAGGUGACUUGCCUGCUGCUGAAGGCGUCCGUCUACCCACUGCUCCCCCAACAUGUCUGCUAAAAAUAGUCUGUCAUCAGAGGAUGGAGCUGAUCCUUCCUCUCCCACAAAUUCCCAGCAUUCCACACAGAUCUUAUCUUCAGAGGAAGAGGAAAGUAAAGUAGAACUAGAUGAAGAAAGGUUGCAGGAAGAGCCCCUGGGGAAGGAAGAGCAACCAGAUGAAGAAGAGUAUCUGGAGGAGGUAGAGUAUCUGCAGGAGGAAAAGUAUCUGCAAGAAAAACUGUAUCCAUAUGAAGAGAAUCUGUAUGAAGACUACCUGAAAGACACAUGCAGGGUGGCAUCAAAAACCAAGUUUCAUCUUAAUGCAAGGAGCCCAACUGCCAGCAGCUCUACGGUCACCACCUACUCUGCUGUCCCACUGAUCAAUGAAGCUGCCUAUGAGCCUCCCGACUCGUCCUCGCUGUUUGCUACAUCUCGCACAAGGGAGGAGGGCUGUCAGACAGAAUGGAUCUACGAGGAACCAUCUCCAAGAUGGACAUUACAAACAGUGCAAGAAGCCACCAUGGAACAAGAAGUGCCUGUUGUCCCUAAAGUGGAGUCAGAGGAAGAUUAUGACCUGGAAUUACUUUCUGAAGUGAACUUCUGGAAUAAUGUAACAGAGGAGCACAUGGAAAAGCUGGAAGUUGAGGACCUCGAAGAGACUUUUCUCAGCAGCUCCUAUCAGUCAGUAUUUAAGACAAUAGUCAAAGAAAUGGCUGCUCGCAAUGAAAUAGAAGCGGAUAUUGACAUUCCCCUGUCCAGGCUACUGGAAAGCGGCAACAGAAGGAAACUGGGAAUUCUGUUGAAGAAAAAUUAUGAAAAAUACAAGGAAACAAUCCUAUGGCUCAUGAAGAAACGAGAAGCACAAGUGAAGUCGGACGACAUUUUUACCUUUAAUUUAUUGAUGCAACCACCACCACCAUCUAAGGAGUCUGUGAUAGAAGAAGAAGAAAGCAAAAAACCUCAACGUGUUGUUAAGCCCAAGAAGAAAGUAGAACUAGAUACAGAAUGGAUAAAGGCGAGUACAAAGAUGCAUCAAGGUGAUGGAAACUUAGUUCUCUACCCCAAUGAGACCGUCUUCCAAAUUCUCUUUCCUGAUGGGACAGGCCAGAUACACUACCCGUCAGGGAACCUGGCUAUGAUCAUCUUCUGCACGAAAGCGGGAAAGUUCACGUACCUCAUUAUGGAAGACUGUGAGAUAGGUUGGGUGCGGGGCCUUAUCAACAACUCUGGCCAUGCCACCUUCUACGAUGAAAACGGGGAUAUCUGGCUGAGCCUAAGCCGCAACCUGGGCUACUACUUCUGCAAAGACAAGCACCUGACGGCCUGGAACUGGUGGAAUCUGAGCAUCCACGUCCAUGCACCUCCGAUCAAGCCCAUCUCCUUGAGCAUCAACCAGUACAUCUGGGUACAAAUACAGAGCCAGGACAAGAUCUUCUGCCACUUCACCCAUGAACGCAAGCGGAUCUGUUUCAACCUGGGCACCAGGUACAAGUUCAUCCUCCCGGAUGUGCUGAAGGAGAUGAAGAACACAGCGAUCCUGGAGUUGGAACCCCGCCCCAUGGCUCGGAAGAUCCAGGUCCUCCUGGGAAAAAUAAGUCGGAUUCUGCAAUUCCUGUCUAUCUCUGAUUUGGAGACCUUCACAGAGGCCUGCUACAGGCCAAACUGUAACUCCAAGAAGAGGAGGCUGUCUCCACUCUGGAUUUAGGGUGGUCACCCAAUUUUCCCAGGGCUUCUCUGGCAACCGUGGAGCGUCUUGGGAAGGGGCAGCCCCUAGGCGUUCCAGGGACAACCCCAGAGACCUGUUUGUCUUUUGAGAGUUGGUUUGUAAUUUGGGACUUCUGGGUUUAAGAAAAAAAAAACAAAAGUUUA